AGGCAACCACACCCCAGCCUGGGUUGUUUGGUGACUGGAUAAGGUAUGGGGCUGGUGGUCUCCGAACCAUCCUAAUCACUUUCUUAGAACUACCUGAUUGAGGCUAAGGGCAUGCCUCUUUCUGUUUAUUUUUCUGUUUGUCCUUUUCUUCUGUUUGUUCUUGAAUUAGUCACCAUGCAACUUUAGCCACUCGCUUCUAAGUAGCAUAGAGUCCCCCAAAACGUGGCAUAUUGGUUUUUCUGGAAUCCGUUGCGAAACUGUUCUUAUCUACUUAAAGGGAACUCAUUUGAAGUCUGAGUCUUGAGGGAAUAGGCAGAACAGGCAUGUUGGAAGGAAAGUAUGAGUCUCAGGUGAACAAAAAUUGUUUGCUGGCCCCCAGGAUACUAACUAGACCUUUGGCCUGACUCACAGGACACUAAGGCUCCUUUUCUGAAGAAGCCUUUUACCAGUCUCAUUUAGGGGAUGGGAACAACAUGUCUUCACCUAGGGACUUUAGAGCAGAGUCUGUAAACGAUUAUGAGGGAAAUGACUCUGAAGCAGAAGACCUGAAUUUCAGGGAGACUUUGCCUUCAUCAAGUCAGGAAAACACACCUAGAUCAAAGGUUUUUGAAAAUAAAGUUAAUUCAGAGAAGGUAAAACUUUCUCUUCGGAAUUUCCCACAUAAUGAUUAUGAGGAUGUUUUUGAAGAGCCUUCAGAAAGUGGCAGUGAUCCCAGCAUGUGGACAGCCAGAGGCCCCUUCAGAAGAGACAGGUGGAGCAGUGAGGAUGAGGAGGCUGCAGGGCCAUCACAGGCUCUCUCCCCUCUACUUUCUGAUACGCGCAAAAUUGUUUCUGAAGGAGAACUAGAUCAGUUGGCUCAGAUUCGGCCAUUAAUAUUCAAUUUUCAUGAGCAGACAGCCAUCAAGGAUUGUUUGAAAAUCCUUGAGGAAAAAACAGCAGCAUAUGAUAUCAUGCAGGAAUUUAUGGCUUUAGAACUUAAGAAUCUGCCUGGUGAGUUCAACUCUGGGAAUCAACCAAGCAACAGAGAAAAAAACAGAUACCGAGAUAUUCUUCCAUAUGAUUCAACACGCGUUCCUCUUGGAAAAAGCAAGGACUACAUCAAUGCUAGUUAUAUUAGAAUAGUCAAUUGUGGAGAAGAGUAUUUUUAUAUCGCUACUCAAGGACCACUGCUGAGCACCAUAGAUGACUUUUGGCAAAUGGUGUUGGAAAAUAAUUCGAAUGUUAUUGCCAUGAUAACCAGAGAGAUAGAAGGUGGAAUUAUCAAAUGCUACCAUUACUGGCCCAUUUCUCUGAAGAAGCCAUUGGAAUUGAAACACUUCCGUGUAUUCCUGGAGAACUACCAGAUACUUCAAUAUUUCAUCAUUCGAAUGUUUCAAGUUGUGGAGAAGUCCACGGGAACUAGUCACUCUGUAAAACAGUUGCAGUUCACCAAGUGGCCAGACCAUGGCACUCCUGCUUCAGCAGAUAGCUUCAUAAAAUAUAUUCGUUAUGCAAGGAAGAGCCACCUUACAGGACCCAUGGUUGUUCACUGCAGUGCCGGCAUAGGCCGGACAGGGGUGUUCCUAUGUGUGGAUGUCGUGUUCUGUGCCAUCGUAAAGAACUGUUCAUUCAACAUCAUGGAUAUAGUGGCCCAAAUGAGAGAACAACGUUCUGGCAUGGUUCAAACGAAGGAGCAGUAUCACUUUUGUUACGAUAUUGUGCUUGAAGUUCUUCGGAAACUUCUGACUUUGGAUUAAGAAAGACUUCUGUUGCCUCUCACUUGAAAUUACCAAGUGGGUUUGCACCUCCUCAUAAAGAACAUGUUUGCACUGUGCUGAAGGGCUUUGCUAUGCAUACAAUCUGCUUUCUUGGUUUAUCAGUUUAUUUUCUUUCUAAAAGCUCCCUGAAGGGCAAUAUCAUUUGGCUUGGGGUGAACAGUGUUUACUUAUUGAUCUUGCUAGACAAUAUCAAAAUAACUUCCCACAUUUUCCAGUGAAACAGAUGUUACAUAAAACGAUUGCAGCUUGGCUAUUUGGUUGAAGGGAUUACAGAGCCCAAUAAAGGAUUUAAAAUAUAUUCAUUAAGAUUUUAUUUGGAAAGGUGGCUGGAGAGAGCUGAGGAUUUCCAGGACUUUAUAAGUUCUUAUUCUGGGAGAACAUAAGGCCAAUAAUCAUGACCUCUUCCAGGCAUUUUUAAGACAGAUGUCUAUUCAUGUUCUUUAGCUAGAGCCUGUACUUUUUGCUGGCAUUUGAAUAACCCAGUUUAAAAAGAGUCCAGUUAGGGUGUACUAACUUUGGACACAAAUUGGCUUCCAUUUCCUACAUUUUCACACUGCUGCCUUCCUACAGCUACUAGACCAAGACCUGUUGGUCUGGGAAGCAUUUCAUGGAUAGGGAGAGCUCCUCUCAGUGAACAGUCCAAAACUAAAAUAGAUGUUUAUAUAGAAAGCCCAAGAGGCGAUUUUUGCCAUGCCUGAGUUCUUUCCUAUCCCACCCUAACACUUAACAUAUUACUUAGUCUGCUUUGUUAAAAGCAAGUAUUACCUUUAACUUGCCUCUUACUCUUUGCCCUUUAGCUAACUAAUAAAGUUUGAUAUAGGCAUUAUUAUAUAAUUCUGAGUCAUUCAUGGUAUCUCUCAUGUUUGAUGCAUUUUUCAAACUAAGAUCUAUGAUAGUUUUUUUUUCCAGAGUUCCAUUAAAUCAUUUAUUUCCUUUACUUUCUCACCUCUGUUGAAACAUUUAGAAACUGGAUUUGGGAACCCAAUUUUGGAAAACCAGAUUCAUAGUCAUGAAAAUGGAAACUUCCAUAUUCUGUUUUUGAAAAGAUGUGGCCAUUAUUACAGUAAUUUUAUUAUAGGACUUUGCCUCGUACAAUUAAUAGUGAUAUUUUGGACAAGGAGUUCUGGUGACAAGCUAUACCUAAUUAUAAGCUAUAAAACAAUAGAUAUGAGUGUUUGUACAGUUUAACUCAAUGGAGAUCAGAAUAUUCUAUGUAUUGAGAAAAUGUUUAAUAUCAAUCUAUAAAUCUUGAAUUUCUAAGAGGCUUAUUUUGUUCUUUUGGCUGAAUGAGUAUAUUUGAAUUGGUUGAAUAAUUAAUAAUUCUCAUUGUAAAAAUAAUUAUAUGCCAAAAAUAUAUUUGAUGUUAAAUCAAAUAGAUGAUUCUGUUUACAUUGUUCAUAUGAAUAAUAAUCUGUGUUAAUUUCAUUUUGAUAAUUGGCCUUUAAUAUUUGUAUCUCUAAUUUUAUUUUCUCUCUGUUACUGUAAAAUAAUAGCUAUAAUGUAUAACAAUUUUCUUCAGAAGAAUUCUAUGCUAUUAUUAAAAUAAAAUAUUUACUGUGUAUUGCC